AUGUGUAUGGUUUGUAUUUUGUUGGAACAAGUUGACGUUAUUCUUGGAAUAAAUUGGUUGGAGUUAAACCAAGUGUUUACCAAUUGUUUUGAUAAGUUGGUGCAGUGUGCUGCUCAUUGCAAGUGCUCAGACGAUGAUAUCUACGACUUGCCUCUAGAGCGUGAAUUUGAAUUUGAUAGAGGUGAAGAGUUGACGUUUGUAUCAGCUAAGAAAGUGAGAGAAUACGUGAAGGAUAUGGAACAAUUGUUUGUGAUAUUAGCUUCGUUGGAAGCUAGAGGACAGGGAGUUGUUCGUGAUCUUCCUGGAGUGUGUGAAUUUCGUGAAGUGUUUCCUGAAGACAUCAUUGAUUUGCCUCCAGAGCGCAAAGUGGAUUUUUCUAUAGACUUAGUACCUGGUAUUAGUCCGGUGUCGAUGACUCCUUAUAUGGUGUCUACUUUAGAGUUGGGGAAUUGA